GUAAAAUUAAACGGGAUAAGGCUUUUAAAUAUAACGAAGAGAUAAAUAACUGACUAAUAGUUCUAUUUUUAGAGAGUAAACUAUUAAUCACUACCAGAAUUCAAUAUAAAAAGACACGCAAUGACUCUAUUGUACUGAGUUUUCACGAAGCUCAGAAGAUAUUAAUUUUAUAAUAAUUUUGUCUGUCGCCACUUUUUCUCAAUUCACACAUGUAUACAUUAGUAUAUAUUAUAGUUAUAGUAAAAUAUUACUAAUUAUUUUAUUGUCACUAAUUGUGAUGUAAUUUAUCUUUCAUUUGAUAUAUAUAAUUAACAAAAAAAUUCUAAAAAAUUCACAAAAAAGCUAUUAUUUUAAAAGAAAUCUACUGGCUAGUCUUAAAAAGUUCAGCGUGUACAUAUUGAAAUAGUGAGUUACGCCUUUUACAUUGUGUAUAUCGAUACAUCUGGUGGAAUAAUCAAAUUCAUCCAAAGCGCAUCGACACGUAGCUACUUACGGAAUGUAUGCGCAAAAAAAAGCUAUUUGCACCUACAUCGUAUGAAAGUCUUGAUUCCGAUUUGUCAAUUCCAUUAAUCAAUGAAGAAGACUUAACUUCUCUAUACUAUGAAAAAAAUGCUUCAGCCAAUACGAAUUCACAAUCAAAUACUAGUGUGAAACACAUUACAGAAAGUCAUACAAGUAAAAAGGGUCAAUUGGUUUUGGUUUUUAAAUAUCUUAUAGCUGAUCACCGUUUUCAACCAGUUGAUUCGGAGUGGCGGAAAAAUAUAAGUAGAAAAUUAGAUUUCAAAACAUUAACACCUAUCACUCUUAUUAAUUGUAAUAAACAGUUGAAAUCUCCAAAAUUGAAUAAUGAAGAAAAUGUCGUUUGGAGAGAUAACAAAUAUUAUAAAAUAAUAUCUUAUUUAUUUAGUGGGACAUAUAAGAAUUACAAACUUUUACGUGAAAAGGUUUUAAAAGCAAUAAAUGAAAACGAAAAUAUUAUUAAUUUAUUAGGAGGUUUUGACAAAAAAGAAAAAUAUUUUAAGGAUGGAAAAUUUAAUACAACUGGCAUGGUCCAAAUAAUAGCUACAAGUUUUGUUAUUGAAACAAGCAUAUAUGUAUAUUAUAAUAAUUGGAAAAAGUGGGUAUACAUUCCUAAAGACAUCUUUACUCAAGAUUUUUCUAAAAUAAAUGAAGAAAAAUGUAUUUAUAUUUUCGCUUCACGAGAUAAAUUUUUUAAUUAUUCGUUAAUUGAAGAUGUAUGUGACUAAUAAAGAACUGUCGACACUGCUUUUCAACUUUUCUUGCUAAUGUUUUAUAAAUAUAUACAGAGUAACUUAUUUAAC